AUGUAUCAUAUGCAUGGUAUUGAAGAAAAUUCUAACAUUUUACGGGUUGCUGGUAUUUGGGUGGAAGGCAAUGACAAUAUCACUGCAUACAAGAGAAGUAUUGUUGUGUAUGGGAGGUCUGACUAUAGUAAAAAAAUUGAACAUCACUAUGGUUGCUAUGAUCCUUUGUCUUAUCCUUUGUUUUUUCCCAACGGUGAGUCUGGAUGGCAUGCUAGAAUACCCAGACAUGGAAUGUGCAUCGAUGAAAUUGUUAAUGACAACGAAAUCUUCGAUGAAGAUCAUGAAGAGGUUAACUCAGGAAGGUGUAGGAAAACUGUAACAAUGCGAGAUUAUUAUUGUUACAAGUUCCAAAUUCGGUCGAGUAAUAACGUCAUUCUAUUAGGCGGAAGAUUAUUUCAACAGUUCGUGGUAGAUAUGUACAUCAAGAUAGAGACUACAUGUUUGUCUUUUAUUGAAAGGAAUCAAACGAAGAUAAGAUCAUACUUAUACCAAGGUGUUGUGGAUUGCGUCAAUGCCGGUGAGGUUCAACCAAGUAGAAUUGGACAACGGGUUGUGCUUCAUGCAAGUUUUAUUGGAGGUCCAUGUGAUAUGCGAAGAAGAUUUAUGGAUGCUAUGACUUUAGUUCAAGAUGACGGAAAACCCGAUAUAUUCCUUACCAUGACGUGUAAUCCGAAGUGGCCUGAAAUCCUUAAAGAGUUAUUGCCUGGUCAAACCGCGCAAGAUAGGCCGGACCUUGUUGCAAGAAUUUUUCGUGCCAAAUUAGAGGAUCUUAAAAAUCAACUCUUCAAGAAGCACAUCCUUGGCGAGGUUAGGGCAUAUGUUUAUGUCAUCGAGUUUCAAAAACGUGGUUUGCCAUAUGCACAUAUCCUCAUGAUAAUGAAACCGGAACACAAGAUUACAAACCCAUACCAUUACGACAAUAUAGUUUGUGCUGAAAUCCUGGACCCGACAAAGUAUCCUGAAAUGCACGAGCUGGUGAUAAAGCACAUGAUGCAUGGUCCUUACGGCCAUUUACGACCGUCUAGCCCUUGUAUGGAAGGUGAGCCGAGAAAAUGUCGUUUUAGAUAUCUUCAACAAUCCAACGACAAGACGAUGCAGACAGAUAACUCAUAUCCGAUGUAUCGGAGGAGAAACAAUGGAAUAGAGGUGAACGUCCGGGGCAAUAUCCUUGAUAAUAGAUGGGUGGUCCCAUAUAAUCCAAAGUUGCUAAUGAUGUUUAACUGUCACAUCAAUGUUGAGGUUUGCUCAAGUAUAAUAUCUGUGAAGUAUGUGUUCAAAUAUGUUUACAAGGGUCAUGACAAACAGGUUAUUCAUGUCGAUCCUGAUACAGAAGAGGUCAUUGUCAAUGAGAUAAAGAGAUUUCAAGAUGCACGAUAUGUUUCGCCACCUGAGGCAAUUUGGAGGAUUUUUAGCUUUCCACUUUCUCAAAUCCACCCUUGUGUGAUGGCUUUGCAGGUCCAUCUUCCGAAUAAGCAGCUGGUUAGGUUCAGAGAGAAUGAUAUAAUGACAGAUAUCGUUGAUAGAGAGAGAGAGACAAGAGCUCAAUGUUAA